AUGGCGGGCUGUGUUGAAGGCACCAUUCCCGACGAGACGCCGCUGGAUAGCAAGGUGUACCUGAGACUCUUACUCGGAUCUCACCUCGCGAACUAUCUGCGUACUAAAAUAGAGGUUGACUUUGGAUAUACGUCUACCUGUGGCAUAGCAACCAAUAAGCUUUUGAGUAAACUAGUUGGUGGCCGCAACAAACCUCGCAAUCAAACGACAUUACUUGCCCUGGACGAUAAUGACGUUAUUUCAUUCAUUGACAGCCACAAGACGAGACAAAUACCGGGUCUAGGGUUCAAAAUUUCCAUGCAACUAGAGUCACAUGUUCUUGGAAUGGAAGUCGAUGCGGACUCUCAUUCGUUUACGUCGGCUGUUUUUGCUCGAGACGUUCGCUUGCAUCCAUCGAUAUCCCCGGGGUUUUUAGAAUCUCUUUUAGCUGGACCUGGGGCGGAGAGGGGUGUUGGCGUACGAGUUUGGGGUCUAUUACACGGGAUCGACCCGACUGAAGUCAAAGAGGCUGGUGACAUACCCUCGCAAAUAAGCAUUGAAGACACGUAUAAAGGGCUGGAGACAAUCUCUCUGAUCACAGAGGAACUACACAAGCUUUCGUGCUCUCUUAUCCGACGAAUGAGGAUAGAUCUCCUUGCUCCAGACAAGCAUGCGGAUGAGCCGGGAGCACAACGGUGGAUUGCUCGGCCAAAAACUCUGAGGCUUGCAAUCAGAUCGUGGCCGACAAGACAAGGCAGCCAAGCGACCCCAAACUUCAAUCGAAUAUCCAGAUCGGGCCCCCUGCCUACUCUUGUGUUCGAUACGUCGGCCGACAUAGACGCAUUGGCCCAGCAGUUGGUAGCAGAAGCUCUUUUGCCCUUGCUUAGACGGUUGCAACUUGAAAAGGGCCAGAAAUGGAACCUACAGCUCAUCAACAUAUGUGUCGCAAACAUGGUGGCAGGCGCUGCAGAUGACAAGCAAGGUUCGGGGCGAGAUAUUUCUGCCAUGUUCAAGAGACAGGAUGAAGUUCUUCGUCCGUUCAGGCUCGAGCCUUUGUCUAAUGAUGAUGAGGACUCGGUAGUUAGCACCAGUAGUACGGAAGAUUUUGAGCCCAAUAUGGGCUGGGAAGAUUCUGACAACCUUGCUUGUCCAGCCUGCGGUUGUGAUUUGCCACCCUUUGCUAUGCCAGCACAUUUGAGAUACCACAAAAUGGAAGAAUAG